CUCCAGGUGCGGGGAGGGCUGCCAUUUCCUUAGGAUAAGCCCUGCCACUUCCGGGCCCCUAAACAGUAGAGGCGAGGGUUUUGAAGUUGCCGAACGUGCAGGCCUCGGAGGCGUGCGGGUAGAGUUUGAGAGGCCGGAGGCUAGCUCUCUGCCGGCCACCCGCGCAGAGGCUUUUCCCCCUCUCCUCAACUUGUGCUCCACUUGGUUCCGCCGAGACCCACGACGGUUCCGCCCCCUUCUUCCUUGUCAUUGAUGUUGUUGUUCUUGUCAGUGCCGCAGCCCCGACCACCGGGAGCUCGAACCCGAGUCGGGGCCGCUCGGGUGGUGCGGUGGCGGCGGCAGCGGCUGCAGCAGCUGCGGCGGCUGCGGGGGCUGCUCCGAGGACUGCGGGGGCGGCCGGAAGCCGGCAGCCGGCGGCGGGGCCGGAUGGCUCUGUGCGGGCAGGCGGCGGGCGCUGCAUCUCUGCCUAGCGAGUUGAUCGUGCACAUCUUCUCGUUCUUGCCCGCGCCCGACCGGCUGCGGGCCUCGGCCUCCUGCUCGCACUGGCGCGAGUGCCUCUUCUACCCGGCACUCUGGCCCCAGCUUCGCAUCUGCCUCCGUGUCUCUCCCGCGGAGCAGCCUCGGCUCGAAUUCCUCAUGCGCAAGUGCGGCUGGUUCGUACGAGAGUUGCGCGUUGAGUUCGCCGCCGAGAACUACCUGAGCGGAGGCGGCGGCCCAGGCGACGGAGGAGGCUCGGACACCGGGACUGGAGGGGAAGACGUCGAGUCCCUGCAGCUCUCCACACGUUGGCUGGAAGUGCUGCGCACCUACUUGGAACUGGUGCUGUGCGUGCUGGUCAGCAUCCGGAACAACAGGAACCUCCAGAAGUUUAGUCUUUUUGGAGACAUAAGCGUUCUACAACAGCAAGGAAGUUUGUCAAGUACAUACCUCAGUAAGGUGGACCCUGAUGGCAAAAAAAUUAAGCAAAUUCAGCAGCUGUUUGAAGAAAUAUUGAGUAAUAGUAGGCAACUGAAAUGGCUGUCCUGUGGGUUUAUGCUGGAAAUAGUAACCCCAACUUCACUGUCAUCUCUCCCUAACUCUAUUGCCAACACAAUGGAGCACCUGAGUUUACUGGACAACAAUGUUCCUGGUAACAGCACUCUUAUCACUGCAGUUGAACUGGAGCGAUUUGUGAAUCUGCGCUCACUUGCCCUGGAUUUCUGUGACUUUACAGCUGAAAUGGCAAGAGUCUUAACUGACAGCAACCAUGUGCCUUUGCAGCGAUUGUCUCUGCUGGUCCACAAUGCUUCUGUGAUGCACAAGUCUCUAGACAACAUGCCAAAUGAUGAGCAUUGGAAAGCCCUGUUAAGAAAGAGCGCCAGUCUUCGGGUCUACAUAAUGGCAUUUGAUAUCAAGAGUGAAGAUAUGUUAAAGAUUCUGAAACCCAGUAUACCACUAGAGAGAAUUCAUUUUGAUAGCUACAUCACUUGUGUUUCAGGGGCUAUUGUUGACCUUAUAUCCAGGCAAUAUGACAAGUUCCUCACACAUUUUAUAUUGAUGAAUGAUGUAAUUGACACAUCUGGCUUUCCAGAUCUUAGUGACAACCGAAAUGAAGAUCCGUUGGUUUUGUUAGCAUGGAGGUGCACAAAACUCUCCCUUCUGGCAGUUCAUGGUUACACAGUGUGGGCACACAACCUCAUUGCCAUUGCCCGUCUUCGUGGCUCUGAUCUAAAAGUGCUUGAAGUCACCGAAGAAAGCAUUGAUUUUGACCAAGGUGAACUGGCUGACCAGGAUGUGGAUCCAGUGCAUAACCUUAUUGAGCAGGGGCCAGCACCAUGGCAUAGAAGGUAAAAGCCACCACCUGUGGUGCCAGCAUCCCAUAUGGGCAAAGGUUCAAGUUCUGGCUGCUCCACUUCCGUUCCAGCUCCCUGCUAUUGGCUUAAGCAAGCAGCAGAAGAUGGCCUAACUGCUUGGGCCCCUGAACUUAUGUGGAAGACCAGAAGAAGCUCUUGGCCUGGCUUCAGAUCUGUACAACUCCAGCCAUUGCAGCCAUUUGGAGAAUGAACCAGGAGAUGGAAGAUCUUACUCUCUGUCUCUAACUCCAUCCUUCAAAUAAAGCAAUCACUCGUUAAAAAUUAUCUAAUAUUCUUCAAAUUCCAAUACUCUUAUUAAUCUGCUUUGGACUCAGCACUUCUACAAUCUGAGAAAUUAUGUAUUUCGUCGGUCUUGGGAAAUCCUCAGCUACUAUUUCUUAGAAUGUUGCCUAUUUUGUUUUGGUGAUGGCCUUGGAUGAUUUUGUUUCUUACUAAUUUGGACCAUUUUUCAUCUUAAAGGACAAUUGUGUUCGUGCACUUUCAUCACUAUAACUGCCUAUCAUAGGCUACUCAUAAAGAAAGGAGGUUCAUUUUGGCUUACAGUUUUGGCAGUUCACAGUUCACAGUCCAGCAGAGCCCUGGUUCACCAAGAGGAUGGCCAUGCAGAGCAUGUGUAGAGAAUCCAUCACAGGGCGAGCCACGAGGCAGAGAGGGUAGGUCCAACCUGGCUUUAGUAAACAUCUUCCCAUGAAAAUACCUUGUGAGGGCACCCUCCUUGUGAACCAAGGAACAGCCCCCUACAACAAAGCCUAUGCUAAUCACAACAAUUAGAUCAAGCCCCAUCCUCCUAGCGCCACUAACCCAUUACUUUGGGGUUUAAAUAUCUGUCAUGAGUUGGGAGCCAUAUCCUGUUUAAACCAUGGCAUCCACCCCAGGUCCCCCCCAAAUUCAAGUCCUUCCCACAUACAAAACAAUAAUUCCAUCCUUGGGGCCAGCCAGCACUGUGGUGUAGUAGGUUAAGCCUCCACCUGCGGCACCAGCAUCCCAUAUGAGCACUGGUUCAUGUCCCAGCUGUUCUCUUCAGAUCCAGUUCCAUGCUUAUGGCCUGGGAAAGCAGAGGAAGCCCAAGGGCUCGGGCUCCUGCACCCACAUAGGAGACCUGGAAGAAGCUGCAGGCUCCUGGCUGCAUCCUUGCUCGGUCCUGACUGCUGUGGCCAUUAGGGGAGUGAACCAGCUGAUUGAAGACCUAUCUCUUUCUCCCUCUCCCUCUUGCUGUUGUAACUCUCCCUCUCAAAUUAAGUAAAUCUUAAAAUGAUUCCAUCCCCAAUAGUUCCAAAAUCUUAACUCUAUGCAACAUUCAAUCAGAAAUCCAGAGCCUCACUGCUGGCAUUGUGAUACCAGCUACUCUACUUCCAAGCCAGCUCCCUGGUAAUGUGCCUGGGCACAGCAACAGAAGAUGGCCUCAGUUUAAGGGCCCCUGCACCCACAAGCCUGCUGGCUGACUCAACCCUGCAGCCGUUUGGGAAGUGAACCCAUGGAUGGAAGAGCUCGCUCGCUCGCUCGCUCGCUCUCUCUGCCUCUACAUUCUAAUUCUGCCUUUUCAAAUAAAUCUAAGAAAGAAAAGAAAAAAAAAAGGAUCCAUCUGGAAAACACUGUGGCAAAGUCUAGCUACCAGAGGGCUUGGGCAGUCCCACUCCUACCACUUUGCUAGUCACAGCCUAGUCACAGCCCAUACCUCAGCCCCCACAGUUUAGUCUUGUCUACAGCUCCACUAGCACUGCCCUAGUACAGACUCUCUGUGGCAGCCCUGACUCCAAAUUUGCACAUGGCACAGCCCUAGUAGAGGCUUUGUCCAUCCACCACCCCCCCCUCCAAGCCAAAAGUGUCCACUUGAGCCCCAGUGCUGUCUGAUUCCUUUGAAAUCUAGGUGGAGGCUUCCACGCCUAUACAGCUCCGAGGUCUCUGCCCACACAGCUGCUGGGUGGGGCUGCAUGCUACUGUCUGUGGCUUUCCCAGGCUUGCCUGGAACAGUGCAGCUUUCCACAGUGGGCAUCUCAUGUUGCUGGUAUCUCUGCCUCUGUCAGGUCUCUAUUUCAGCUCCACUCCCACAGUCCAUUGGCAUUGCCCCAUCAGAGGCCCAUACAGGGCUCAGAACCCUGCGGCACAAGUCUGCCUGGCCUCCCAAGCUUUCCUUCGCCAUCUCGGUGGAGGCUGCCAUGACUGACUCUCGCCUUCUGCGUGCCUGCAAAGCCAGCUUCACAUGGACACUGCUGCCGUUGUCAACCGUCAACAGCCAUCUGAAGGCCCUCUCCCCCUAAUUCUGCACCUUCCCUGAAUCCUUCUGAGGUGUUCUUAAUAAUUCCAUAUUGGAGUCUGCUGCUUAGAGCACUUACCACAAUAAGGAUUGAAAAAAAGUCUCACCUGUGAUGUACCACAUUGUGAUUUUCAGGACACUAAUGGUUAAAAAUAUAUCUUUUUUCUUUAAAAAAAAAAAAAAAAACUUUUUUUUUCCAUUGGAAAGGCAGCGUGAGAGAGAGAAGAGGAGAGACGGAAAGAAAGCUUCCAUCUGCUGGUUCACCCCCCAAGCAGCCACAACAGCCCGGGCUGGGCCACGCUGAAGCCAGGAGCCUGGAAUUCCAUCCAGGUCUUCCACACAGGUGGCAAGGGCCCAAGCACUUGUACCAUCUUCUGCUGCUUUCCCAGGCCCAUGAGCAGGGACGUGGAACCGGUGCUCAUGGGUUAUGCUGGUGUCACAGGCUCCCACUUAACCCACUACGACACCAUACCAGUCCCAUCUUUAACCAUUUCAAUAGGAAAAAGCCUACCAACAAUGGUAACAUAAUCAAAUUCCCUACAUACUUCUCAUCAGAAACAAAUGUUAAAACAUAAUUUAAGGGCUGGCGCUGUGGCAUAGUGAGCUAAGUCUCCGCCUACAAAGCUGGCAUCCCAUUUGGGUGCCAAUUUGUAUCCUUGCUGCUCCUCUUCCCAUCCAGCUCUCUGCUUAUGGCCUGGGAAAGCAGCAGAGGAUAGCCCAAGUGCUUCAAGUGCUUGGGUCCCUGCACCUGCAUGGGGAGACCUGGAGGAAGCUCCUGGCUCCUGGCUCCUGGCUCCUGGCUUCAAACCAGCUCAGCUCCAGCCAUUGUGGCCAUUUGGAGAGUGAGCCAACAGAUGGAAGACCUUUCUCUCUCUCUCCCUCUCUCUGUCAAUAAGUGUACCUCUCAAAUAAAUAAAAUCAUAAAAAUACAUGUUAAUUAAUAUUAAUAUGUUCCAAAUGCUGACCUAGAAUUCUAUAUCCAGAAAAAACAUAACAAAAAAUUUGAGGGAAUGAAACUAUCAGACAUCAAAGGAUUCAUAAAUUUUACAUUUCACACGUACAUUUUUAAAAAAUUACUUGAAGGGCUGGUGCUGUGGCACAGCAAGUUAAAGCCCUGGCCUGAAGCGCCAGCAUCCCAUAUGGAUGGUGGUUCUAGUCCCGGCUGUUCCUCUUCCAUUCCAGCUCUCUGCUAUGUAUGGUCUCAGAAAGCAGUAGAAGAUGGCCCAAGUCCUUGGGCCCCUGCACCCAGGUGGGAGACCCAGAAGCAGCUCCUGGCUCCUGACGUCGGAUCAGCUCAGCUCUGGCUGUUGCAGCCAUUUGGGGAGUGAACCAGGGGAUGGAAGACUGACUCUCUUUCCCCCUCUCUCUCUCCCUCCCUCUCCCCUUCUCUCUCCCCCUCUCUCCCUUUGUCUCUCUGUAGCUCUGCCUUUCAAAUAAAUAAAUCUUUUAAAAAAAUUACUUGAGGGGCCAGUAUUCUGGUGCAGCAGGUUAAGCUCCUUCCUGCAACACAUGCAUCCCAUAUGAGCACCAGUCUGAGUCCCAGCUGCCCUGCUUCCAAUCCAGCUCCCUGCUCAUGUGCCUUAGAAAGCAGCAGAAGAUGGCCCAAGUGCUUGGGCCCCUUCCACCAAUGUUGAAGAUGCAGAUGGACUUCCAGGCUCCUGGUUUAGGCCCGGCCCAGCCAGAGCUGUUGUGGCCAUUUGGGGAGUAAACCAGCAGAUGGAAGAUCUGUGUGUCUCCCUCUAACUCUGCUUUAAAAAAUAAUAAUAAUAAUUUAAAAGUGAAUUUGAGGGGCUGGUGCUGUGGCUCAGCAGGUUAAAGCCCCAGUCUGCAGUGCUGGCAUCUCAUAAGGGCUCCAAUUCAAGUCCUGGCUGCUCCACUUCCAAUCCAGUUCUCUGCUAUGGCUGGGGAAGCAGUAGAAUAUGGCCCAAGUUCUUGGGCCCCUGCACCUGCAUCAGAGACCUGGAAAAAGCUCCAGGCUUCUGGCUUUGGAUCGGCCCAGCUCCGACCGUUGCAUCCAUUUGGGAAGUGAAUCAGCGGGUAGAAGACUCUCUCUCUCUACCUCUCUCUUAGUGUAUUAAGCUAAGCCUCUGUGUGUGUUGCCAGCAUCCCAUAUGGACAUCAGUUCUACUCCUGGCUGCUCCUCUUCCAAUCCAGCUCUCUGCUAUGGCCUGGGAGAGCAGCAGAAGAUGGCCCAAGUGCUUGGGACCCUGCACCCGCAUGGAAGGCCUGGAAAAAGCUCCUGGCUCCUGGCUUCAGAUCAGCUCAGCCUACCAUUGCAGCCAUUUGGGGAGUGAACCAGCAGAUGGAAUACCUCUGUCUCUCCCUCUCUCUCUAACUCUGCCUUUCAAAUAAUUAAAAAAAAAAAAUACAAACCUGAUUUAGGGGAACACUCUAUAAAACACUCCAUAAAAAUACUGAUUGAAUCCAGAGCUCAAAAUGAUAACACACUGCCUCAGCACAGUUAUUGUAAAUCUCAAAAUUCCCACAAAAAUGUAUCUUACAAAUGGAGAGGAAAAACAAAACUAUACAAGUCAACCAUUGAGUUAACUAUGAUUAAAAUUCUAAAAUUCAACACUACAUAAUAUCUUUGUUUUCUUCAAAUUAUGAUCAAUUUGUCUUUUACUUUCAAAAAUUUAUGUUUAUUUGAGAAGCACAGAUACAGGGAGAGAGAGGCAGACAAAAACUAACAGACAACAGAGCCCCAUUUUCUGGUUCAUUCCCCAAAUGCCCACAAAUGCUAGGACUGGGACAGGGCUACAGCAAGAAGCCAGAAUUCAAUCCAGGUCUCCCACAUGGCUAGCAGAAACUCACGUUUGAGCCAUCACCACUGCCUCUAGAGUCUGCAUUAGCAGCAAGCUGGAGUCCGGAGUUGGAGCUAGGUAUCAAACCCAGGUACUUGGGGGCCAACGCCAGGGCACAGUGUGUUAAAGCCCUAGCCUGCAGCGCUGGCAUCCCAUAUGGGUACCAGUUCAAGUCCUAGCUGCUCCACUUCCAAUCCCGUUCCCUGCUAAUAUGCCUGGGAAAGCAGCAGAAAAUGGCCCAAGCCCUUGGACCUCUGAACACACACGGGAGACCCAGAACAAACUCCUGGCCUGAUAGGCUCAACUCCAGCCAUUGCAGCCACUUGAGCAGUGAACCAGCAGAUGGAAGACUGACCUACCUACCUACCUACCUACCUCUCGCUCUCUCUCUCUCUUUUAAAUAAAAUGAAUCUUAAAAAAAAAGCUAGGUAUUCCAAUAUGAGACAGAGGAGUGUGUGUGUGUGUGUGUUUAUGAUUUAUUCAUUUAUUUGAAAGAGUUACACAGAGAGAGAAGGAAAAGCAAUGAGGUCUUCCAUCUGCUGGUUCACUCCCAAAUGGCCGCAAUGGCCAGGGCUGAGCCAGGCUGAAACCAGAAGCUUCAUUUGGGUUUCCCACGUGGGUGGCCGGGGACCAAGCACUGGGCCAUCUUCUGCUGCUUUCCCAGGCACAUUAGCAGACAGCUAGAUCAGAAGUGGAGCAGCUAGGACAUGAACCGACAGCCCAUAUGGGAUACUGGCAUCGCAGCCAGCAGGUUUACCCACUACGCUGCAACACUGACCCUGAUGCAGGAGUCUCAACCACCGUUUUACCCAUUAGGGCAAGCAUCCAUCCCUCAUUUUUGACUCUGAAAAGUGUAUUAAGGUGUGCCUUUAUACCACUCAUGUCUAUUUUCAAGAAGCAAGACACAUAUUUUGUAACAUAACUGAAAUCAGAAAGACCCAAAUAAAGCUUUAGUUUUGAACUUCAAAUGUACUGACACAAGAAAAAAAACAAAUAAUGGAAUUGUAUUUAUGGGAAAACUAACUAAUUUUAUUAUUAUGGAUGCCCAACAAGUCUUUAAAUCAGUUAAAAUUUAUUUGAUUAAGCAUAAAGUUACGUUCACAUUUCUCUACAACCAUAGUAAACACAGUUCUUGGCCUAAAGAUAUAGCCUUUGGAAUUUAAAACAUCCCCAACCGCAAUAUUACAUAUAUAAAACUCCCACUGUUUAUGUAAUAGUGGAUUAAUCAAAUUAAAAUAAUUAUACUAUCUAGAGCAAAAUAAAAUGAAAAUAAUUUACUCAUAAGAUUCAUAUUUAAAUCAUCUUUAUUUACAAAAUGCUAUCCUGAGAAUUAUAAUUCCAUUAGGCUUCAAUUUGAGCGGAAGUACAAUCACUUAAGUAACAGCGGUUACUUAAACUGAAAAGGUGAGAUAGGUCAAGAUCGCUUCUGGAGAGAUCAGAAAUAGCAUCAGGUUUCUUGCUGUGGCUCUGGGUGUUCAGCAGCAGGCUCGUCUGAAGGAGGAAUCGGCCCUGCGGGGAACUCACUUCUGUUUUCAGGAUGUGGGGGUGGGGGGAGAAACCCAGCUCUUGGGGGAAGGUAAUAAGGAUAACCCCUCGGAGAAUACACAUUUCUCACUGUUCAAAGAAAGUGGUAAAAGAGAUUUUUUAACUUAAAGAACCUGUAUAUCGCAGCCCCAACAAUUCACUCCCAACACUUAUUUUUACAUUCAAAAAUGGACCAGAAUAAUACCUUAAUAUAACAAACUAAUUUGUAUAAUACUAAGAAAAAUGUAUCCUCUUACAUAUAAUUAAAGGAAACAUCAUUAAUUUUAGACAUGAUUUUUUUCCAUAUUACUUUUUAAAACAAAGAGGAUUAUAUCAAAAAUAUACAGAACUUACCUUAAAAAAACUUCAUGUAACAUAAUUCUCACCAGAAUUAAAAUUAUGCUAAAACACUUUCAAUUAUAUCAAAAAUUGUAUCUUAAAAUGUCCCAAACAAAAUUCAUUUUAAUUCACCUUAAACUUCAAAAGCAGAGGAAGAAUGAGGUGAGAAAUGGCAUCCUAUAAGACAAUUAAUAGGCUUUUGCCCAAUAUUUGUUAAAUAUUUAUUAUGCAGGAACCUGUAUUUCUCAAUGGUAAAAUAUGGACAUAAAAGCAAUAAAUUAUAUAUUUUUCUUAUGUGAAGCUAUUAAAGUAGUUCAAUAUAUUCAUCAAACAGACAAAACAUGAUAAAUACAUCUUAGGUUUUAAAUAAGUAGGACUACAAGGGAAACUACUUGUAAAAUACUCUUAAAAAUACUUUAACCAAUAAUUUUAUUGCUAAUAUAAACUAUGAUAAUUUUAAGUAACAGCCACAAUAACCUGUUUCUAUCAAAUGAUACACAAAUAAUUUUAGUCUUAAUAUAAGGCUGCAACAAAAAGCCAGUGAGUUUCUUUACUACUAAGAUAACUCAUGUUGACAGCCAGUACAGUCUACUGAUGGCUGGCUACCUUCCCAAUUUGGAAAAGUAAUGGUAUACUCACAGACCAUUAGAAAAAAUUUUUUUCUUUCACUGUAUUACUAUAUGAAUCAAUAGUAAAAUCAGCAUCUCUGAUUUACUGUAUGAAACACUAAGGUUUAAAGGAAAAAAAAAAGCAUACUUGCAAAUGGAGGAGGUGGUGGGCCAGGAACAGGGAAAUCCCUUGGUGGAAAAAAAUCUCUGGGAACGCCAUACACACUUCCUGGAGGACGGGGCGGGAAAGGAGGUCCUCUUCUCAUGAACGGAUCCACUGGUAACAAUGGCCCUCUGAUCGGAGGAGGAGGGGGAGGGAAAAAGCCAGGGCGAGCUGCUUCACCUUCAGCAGGAGCAGAUGAAUCAGGCACAUUUAGCUUCUGUAACAAAGUGACAUAUGGCAGUCACCAACACAACUACAAAAUUUGCAACAGUUUUCCUGAAAAUCUUAGGCUCAGAAGAAAGCACCUAGGCACCUAGCCAGAAGCAGUCCUUGACAGAGCUUUCCAGGUAAACAUAUCAGCUACCACUAAUAUUUUAUAAAAUCAACAGAAAACAGUUUUAAUCAACAAAGCAACAGUCUGGGUAAAGAUAAACACAAACAGUCUAAGAGUAGCAAAAUGUACAUUUUUCAAGCAUAUACUAAAAAAAAGCAAAACAGUUUAGUUUACAUUUUCCAGGUGACCUAAGUUAAAAUUGUAAAGGUAUAAUAUCAAAAAUAUACUUUAAAAUAUUCAAAAAUAAUCCAAGGGGGAAUAUAAAAAAUCUUGCUAAACUAACACACUAACUUAAACCACCAUUAUGCGAGUUGUACUUUACCACCACAGGUUAUAAUUCAGAAAAGAAACAGAUUUAAACAGAAAACUAAUUAUUAGCCACAUUUCUAUUCUAGUAAACAAGAGAUGAGAAAGCUCCUGAGUACACAGGAAAACUUCCACUUUGAAUACUUACGCCAAGAUUGUCUUUGGUAUCAUUUCUACUAGAUUCCAUUUCUGAAGACACUGUCCCAUCUAGAUAGACAUAAAAGUUGAACCAUGAAAAAUGUGUUUUAUCAUUUCAUUGCUAGAAUAUUUCUAGAUCACAAGGGACACUGGUAUUUUCCCACCUUCUGUUGGCACAUAAACCACCUUGACCCCAGCAUCCUAUAUUAGGUCUUGUUCUUAUGAACAUCUGAAGGCACCUGGAAAUUCUGUUAAACUCAGUUCUACGACAGGAUGAAGCAGUGCUUUGUUUCUCCAGUUCGUCCCUAUCAGUCCGGCUCCAGCAUCAGAAAGAGCUGUCUAGAAGGUAGCACUCCUCUCCUUCCUUCCAAUCUUCUCUCCCUUUCUCCCCCUCUUCCUUCUUUAUUCUUCCAUCAGUUAAUACAGACUAACCUUUAGCCAUUGUUUAUAGAUAAAUGUUCCCAGACUGUAUUAUCAGAAACUGCUCAGUCCCUGAGGACAUAAAUUCAGACAACCUUCUUCUCUCUCACCACAACUAUCCGUCGUCUCUUAGCUUUCUCAUGUAAUCACUCUCACUACACCUGUUCUUGGAUGUCAAUGGGGCCUUUCUUCACUUCUCUACCAAAUUCAUCAGUCCAGCCAAUCCACAUCCUUGCUCUAUGGGUCAUUUUUCAUUUGUACUUGACAACAUCCCAAGCCUAGAUUAAUCUAAAUCUCUGCUUCAACUUUACCUGUACCUGAGACACUUGGCCCUGCUAUAGAGGUUUAAAAAAAAAAAAAUCCAUGAAGAUUGGCAGCAUUCAAACUAACAGACACCACCAUACUAUACUUCCAAAUGCACAACACCUUCUCUUCAUCUCUGCCUUGUAAGCUGGCUUCCUCUUCAGCAAUGUCAAACAUUCAUUCUCCUUAAACCCUACUACACUCAUCACUUAGAAACUCCCUUUUUUGGGGGGCUGGGACUAUGGCUCAGCAGGUUAAAGGCACGGCCUGCAGCAUCAACAUCCCAUAUUGACCCUGGUUCGAAUCCCAGCUGCUCCACUUCCAAUCCAGGUCCCUGCUAAUGCACCUGGGAAAGCAAUGGAGGAUGGCCCAAGUGCUUGGGCCCCUGCACUCAUGUAGGAGACCCGGAAGAAGCUCCUGUCUUCUGGCCCAGUCCUGGCUGUUGUGGCCAUUUGGGGAGUGAACUAGCAGAUGGAAGAUUUCUUUCUCUGUCUCUCCUUCUCUCUCUAACUCUACCUUUCAAAUAAAUAAAUAAAUCUUAACAAUAACAAAAAAAGAAACUCCCUUUUUUAACUGAAUACUAUUUUUAACAUUUUUAAUUUACAUUAUAGUCAAAGGCUUAAUGUUCACUAAUUCAACAAAGAAACUACUAUGAACAACUACAUGCUAACAAAUUGGAAACUCUCAAAGAAAUGGAUAAAUUCCUGGACACAACCUACCAAGAUUAAAUCAAGAAGACAUAGAAAAUAUGAACAGGCCCAUGACAAGCAAAGACAUUGAAGCAGUAACUAAUAGUCUCCCAUCAAGGAAUAGUCCAGGAUUUGAUGGCUUUACUACUAGAUUCUACAAAACAUUUAAAGAGUAACUAACUUUUUGUUAACAAGCACACAAAGGUACUGCAACUAUAUUCCUAUGACCUUUCCUGCUAUUAUUAUGGAAAAGGAUCCUUUAGACAACCAAUGAUUUGUACUCAGAAUCCUGGACUCAGCUUCCUCAAGGACUUUCCUCUCUCCCUGUAGGUUCCCUCCUCUCUUUCUGCUAGAUCCAAAUGUUUCCUGAUUAUUUAUCCAUUAUGUCACAUCAUCCUAUAUACAGGAUGCCUAUAAAACUUAAUUGAGCAAUAAAUAUACUGCUUAUGGUAACUCUGAAAUAAAUACUUUGUCAGUGAAAUAAAAUUCUCAGAAUUGAAAAGCUGUUACUUGGUUAAAAAAUGAAACUCUGCCUCCAGCUACUCUCUGAUCCACCAUCAAGAACUGUCACACACACACACACACACACACACACACACACACGGUGGUCUCCCAUUCUGUCCUCAUUUGCAAUCUAUUUGCAACAUCCACUGCUUCACUGAAAUUAUCUUCCCCCAAGAUGAAAAUGUCUCUAUGUGUACUCAAUUACAAUAGGCACUUCCAGUUCGUAUUUUACAUUACAGUGAUCCCUUCUUUGUGGUUUUACUUUCGAGUUUCCGUUACUCAUUGGCUUUAGUUAUCCACUGACAACCUUGGUCAGAAUCUAUUAAAUGGAAAACGCCAGAAAUAAACAACUGACAAAUGCUAAGUUGCACACUGUUCCGAGUAGCACGAUAAAACCUCACCAUCCUCCUCAGUCCCACUGGGAGUGUAUCAGCCCUCUAUUCAGCGUAUCCAUGCUGCAUCUGAUACCGCACCAGUAACUACUUAGUAACCAUCAGCUGUCACAGUGUCACAGUGUUUGUGUUCAAAUAACUGAUGCAAGGCAGCAUCAAUCCAUAAAACAUGGAAGGAGACAGAUUAACUCUGGUACCGUGAGGUAAUGCUGCAUGGUGUACUGGGGGAUAUGUUACAUAAGGUUCAGUACUACCUAUGGUUGCAGGCAUCCAUAAGGGCUCCCGGAACAUUUCCCCCUGGAUAUGAGAGAACUACAGUACUUCCCACCACUGCUGACCACCCCCUUCAUUUUCAAAUAUUCCUGGCCUUCAGCUUCCAUGGAAGGACGCUUCCUUCUCUCUACCCUUCCUUUCUGUUGCUUCUCAACCUCCAUGGUGACUGCAACUGAUAACAUCCCCCGAAUUCUGCACUUGGCCCUAAUCUCAACUCACCUCCUUCAAAAAUCUUAUCUACGCCUAUAACUUUUGUUAGAUUUAUACUGCUAAUGAUUCCUACCCCUUUAAUUCAGACCCAGAUAUGACUACCAAGACCUUGUGGCUUGACCUUGCCUCCUUGAAUAUUCAUGCAGGUGUAUCACAUCUGCCACUAAUUUUAUCCAUUCAAAAUAAAACUUAAAAUCUUCCUGGUGAACUUGCUCCAUGUUCCUUAUCUCAGAGCAGUGAAUGGCAUCUGUAUUUACCCAGGUUGUGACAGCCAAGAACCUUGGCAACAGACAAUACCCCUACCCAUAUCCCAUAUCCCUUCAAUCCUGAAUCCUCUAAAUUCUCUAUUUUCUAUGUCUAUUAACAUCCACCCUAUUCACUGUCACCAUAUCACUCAUCGAGAUUCCUGCCAUAAUUUCCUAAAAAGUUAUACUGCCUCAUGUCCUCUAUUCUAAUCUCCAUAAUGUAACCACAGAAAUGUAUCUAAAAAUGCAGAUCUUACUAUAUCUCCACUAAUCUUUUGUGUAUUCCCAUUAUCCUGAUAACAAGUUCCGCAUUUCUGAACAUGAUUCAGAAGCCCUUGUAAAAAUCUAUAUAAUCAGGGCAAGUGCUGUGGUACAGUAGGCUAAGACUCUGCACGCAGUGCCAGCAUCCCAUAUGAAUGCCAGUUCAAGUCCCGGCUGCUCCACUUCUGAUCCAGCUCUCUGCUAUGGCCUGGGAAAGCAAUGGAAGAUGGCCCAAGUGCUUGGGCCCCUGCACCAGUAUGGGAGACCCGGAAGAAGCUUCUGGCUCCUGGCUUCGGAUCGGCACAGUUCUGGCUGUUGCAAACAUUUCAAGAGUAAACCAGAGGAUGGAAGACCUUUCUGUCUCUCAAAUGAAUAAAUAAUAUUUUUUAAAAGUCUAUAGAUACAAAACUUUGAGGAUUCUAAGAUGGUGGAUUAGGGAAUGAUGUACUGUGCUAGGCAAGGGAUAAACAGUAAAAAAAAAAAAAAAAUGUAGAGGAAAUAGUCUACAUUGGAAGUUCUACAAAAGAAGAGGAAUGCUGUGCACCUGUGUGGAAACUGCAGACACACAGGAUGAACACAGACACAACACAAACUGCAACAGCCAAGAGCCAGAGCAGGCGGCAGCUUAGAGAUGAGGUUAAGACCAGACUACAGUAACUCGUGGUGAUACAGCCAGAGGGAGAGCCUGGGUGAAAGUCUGGACUGGAGCCCUAGGGGCUAGCACUUACUAGUGAUUACCCAUGGACCCAGUGGAAGUAAAAGGCGCACAUUUAUCUCGCCCCAUCCUCCCCACAAUGGCGUCUGCUGCCCUGCUGAGAAAGGGCACUGCGGAAGCCUUUGUGAAUGCGCUGCAACUGGCUGAGACAGAACACCAUCUUCUUGGCAGUACUGGAGGGGAGAGGGCUGCAUUUAGCUAGUGGCUCUUAGAUACACAUGUGAUCCAGAGGUUCUAGCAGAGAGAAAGAUCCACAGUCCCCACCGACUUUGAGCCUGGCUGGAGGACUGACAGGUGGCUGGGCACCCACCUAGGACUGUGAGGUGCCCCCAGCCUCCCAAUACACCACAGGCUCUGGAGCUCAAUCUGCCUAGGCAGAGCUGGCUCAGGGAACAGCUGCCUCUCUGCUGACGGGUCAGGCUGGCAGCGCAGAGCGGAACCUCUGCACCCAGCAACUGUAGGAACCUCAGUGCUGAGACCGUGGAGAUUCGGUGUCUACAUGAGAGGGUGUGCAGGGGAUAGCUGGGUCCCUGGGGAAUCACUGAAGGUAGCUCCACAUGCUUGGAGCUUCUUGGUUGCCUGGGAUGGGUCACUGCAGCAGGAACUGUGCUCAGGGUGAGGACUGCACAGAUCAUUUGUACAGACAUACAGAAACGCAGAUGAGUGCUGAACUCAUUGGGGGCUAACACAAGGGCAUUGCUCAGCCUGGAGGAGAGGGGGUGAUCACACCAACAGAUGUGACCAUUUCCCCCCUUUCUGUUAACAAGAGGAGAUCUAUCACACUCAACUUGGGUGUCACCCUGGAUACUCGUCCCACCUGAAGCACCGACUAGAGCUCCCUGACCACACCCACCACAUACCUCUUGGUAGGCACUGAGAGUGCAGUAAGCCACAGAGGCAUUGUUCAAAGAUAAAAGCCAUCAGAGUGAAAAACCAACAAGAAACUCCACAAAUGUUUAAAAAUAAACCCAGAAAUUCAAGAAUAAGGAAGACACCAUGAAUUCCUCCAAAGGAACACAGCAUUUCAAUAUUGCAGUGUGAAGAUGAAAGGAUUGAAAAAAUGCCAGAAAUAGAAUUCCAAAGAUUAAUCAUAGGAUUACUCAAAAGCAAUCAGAAACAAGCCACAAACUAAAGAAAAACAUACAUGCCAUGAAUGAAAAUUUUCCCAUGAAGUUGAGAUUUUAAAGAGAAAUCAAAUGAACUAUUAGAAAUGAAGAAUUCGGGCCGGCGCCGCGGCUCACUAGCCUAAUCCUCCGCCUAGCGGAGCCGGCACACAGGGUUCUAGUCCCGGUCAGGGCGCCGGAUUCUGUCCCGGUUGCCCCUCUUCCAGGCCAGCCCUCUGCUGUGGCCAGGGAGUGCAGUGGAGGAUGGCCCAGGUGCUUGGGCCCUGCACCCCAUGGGAGACCAGGAGAAGCACCUGGCUCCUGCCAUCAGAUCAGCGCGGUGCGCCGGCCGCGGCGGCCAUUGGAGGGUGAACCAACGGCAAAGGAAGACCUUUAUCUCUGUCUCUCUCUCUCACUGUCCACUCUGCCUGUCAAAAAAAAAAAAAAAAAAAGAAAUGAAGAA